CCAGCAGGUUAUAUAUGUGGCUUGCUCAUGGGAGGCCCACUCAUGGGAGAUCUGACAGUGAUAUUGAUGGUCCUUUGCUCUCCCCUGGCUAUGUCCAGGGACACCUCAUCACAUUUCUUGCAGCAAGUUAAACAUGAAUGUUACUUCUCCAACGGGACGGAGCGGGUGCGACUUGUGGACAGAUACAUCUAUAACCAGGAGGAGCUUGUGCACUAUGACAGUGAUGUGGGGGAGUUCAUUGCAAUGACUGAGCUGGGGCGGCCUGAGGCUGAAUCCUGGAACAGCCAGAAGGACAUCCUGGAGGACGCACGCUGCAGACACAACUAUGAAGCUAUGGAGAGAUUCACUGUGCAGAGGAGAGUUGAGCCUAAGGUCACUGUGUACCCCACAAAGACCCAGCCCCUGAAUCGGCACAACCUCCUUGUCUGCUCCGUGAGUGGAUUCUACCCAGGCCAGAUUGAAGUCAGAUGGUUCCAGAAUAUUCAGGAGGAGGAGGAGGCCGGAGUCGUGUCCACAGGCCUGAUCCAGAAUGGAGACUGGACCUUCCAGACCCUGGUGAUGUUGGAAGCAGUUCCUCAGAGUGGAGAGGUUUACACCUGCCAGGUGGAGCACCCAAGCCUGAAGAUCCCUGUCACAGUGGAGUGGAGGGCACAGUCGGGAUCUGCGCAGAGCAAGAUGCUGAGUGGAGUCGGGGGCUUUGUGCUGGGUCUGCUCUUCCUUGGGAUCGGGCUGUUCAUCUACUUCAGGAACCCAAAAGGAUACUCUGGAGGUCAGUCAACAGGACUCCUGAGGUGAAGUGAAGGUGACAGUGCUGAAGGAGGACCUCUGUCCCUUGUCUCUUCA